AUGGACCAAACGUUCAUUUUCGCGAUGAUGGCACAAGGAAUCUUACAAUCUCUUCCAUCAGAAACGAAGGACUCCACCGCGACUUCAGUCGCAGAUGACGCUGUACGAUGUGAAAUGAAUCAUGAUGUCGUGGAAACAGGAGGAAAGAACAAGGACGAAAUAGUGAAAAGAACGAACGACGAGGAAAGGGAUGAAAUUAAUGAAAGAGACAAAAGAGAGAAAGUGGAGAUGAAGGAAAAUGGGAAAGUGGGGAGAAUAAAUCCUACUUUUCUAUCUACGCAGGCGCCUGGUGUACCAAUCAGAGAUGUAGGAGAGAAGAAGGAUGAUAAAAUUACAUUGAGUGAAUCUCAAAGAGAGGAAAUGAGAAUGGAUAUAGAACAAAACAACAAGGUGACAUGGUUGGAUAAAGUCAAAACUUGGUUUUAUGUGCCUAAAAACUCAGAAGGUAAAUUGGAAUGA